CAACAGCUCCAAAACACCGGGGACAUUCUGCCAGCAAGAUGGAGUAGAUUUUCAUGACUUAGUAUAUACAGAUAAGGAACAGUUGAUAAUUCAAGAUGUCUCACGACGCUGUUGUCAAGACAGUUGCGAAAAAAUUAAAAUACUACUUUGAGGUCAAGAGGAGAGAAGAUGGGUUUGACCUGUCUGGACCUAACUGUCCAAGGCUUGACCAUCCCCACCUUAAGCCGAGAGCCACCUUGCAGUAUGAUGGACUUCAUGACAAGCCUGUCAAACAUUAUUUCCAUGAUCCAAAGGUUAGACAGGCCAUAACAAACAUGACUUCGCCCAGAUCCAGGGAUAAAGUAUCCAAAGAGCAUGUGGUAAGAAGGAAGGUGGACCAUCACAUGGCAAGGCAUAGAUUUAUUGUAAGUGCAUUCAACUGAUGGUUCUAUGUGCGU